CUGGCCUCGAGACACAGUGUGAGGGAGACCAUGGUGGAGGGAAGGUGUACGGAAAGGCGCCUCUUGGAGUGACUGCAGCGUGGCAUUGGAGUCUCCCUGUUCUAAUAAGCAGGCAGGAUGAGUGAGAACAAGGGGGAAGGGAUUAGCGAGAUCGACAGCCACAUCAACAGAAAGUAUGAAGUCCGCCGCAGGAUUGGCAAGGGCGCGUACGGCAUCGUGUGGAAGGCCAUCGACAGGCGCACAGGCGACGUGGUGGCGGUGAAAAAGAUCUUCGACGCCUUCAGGAACGAGACGGACGCGCAGCGAACCUUCCGGGAGAUCGUGUUCCUCCUCGAGUUUUCGUCGCACCCCAACAUCAUCCGCCUCCUCAACGUCCUGCGCGCUGAUAACAACAAAGACAUCUACCUGGUGUUUCAGUUCAUGGAGACAGAUCUUCACAAUGUCAUCAAGAAGGGCAAUGUUCUGGAGGACAUCCACAGGCGGUAUAUCAUGUACCAGCUGUUCAGGGCCGCACGGUACCUCCACUCGGGCUCCGUAAUCCACAGAGACCUGAAGCCGUCCAAUCUCCUCGUGGACAGCGACUGCCAUGUCAAGGUUGCAGACUUCGGACUGGCCCGUUCAGUGGAGCCCAACGCCCACAUAGAGCCCCAGGGAGACCCCACGCUGACCAACUAUGUGGCGACCAGGUGGUACAGGGCCCCCGAGAUUCUGCUCAACUCUAAGAGGUACACACUCGGGGUGGACAUGUGGAGUUUGGGCUGUAUCCUCGGGGAGAUGCUGCUUGGGAAGCCCAUGUUUCCGGGUUCCUCCACCAUCGACCAGAUUGAGCGGAUCAUGGCUGUCAUUCCUCCACCCGCAAGAGAUGACCUGCACCACGUCUCCUCGCAGUACGCCUCCACGCUGCUCAACAAGCCUCACGGCGGCCGCGCACCCAAGACUCUCAGGGACCUUCUGACCGGGGCGCCUCCUGAUGCCAUUGACCUCCUGGAGAAGCUCAUGGUCUUCAACCCCGACAAGAGACUGACAGCUGAGCAGGCCCUGAGGCACCCCUAUGUGGCCAGGUUCCGCAACACAGCAAAUGAACCGUGCCUUGCCAGAGCCGUGGUGCCUUGCCUCAGGGAUGACAUACAGCUCAGCGUUGAUAUUUACCGCAACAAACUCUACGAACUCAUCGCGUCACGCAAGACUCGACUCCGCAACUCCACCAGCAGCGAGCGGAUCGGUGAUGGAAACACAGGCGGAAUGAGAACCCCCUCCUCGUUCAGCGCCCUCAGCACACAGGCCAGAAGACCAUCCCAGCCCACAGCUUUGCCAGGGAGCAGCCCAGCGAGAAGCAGCAACAGCAACCAUCACAGCACAAGUCAGUCUGGCCAGCCCAUCAAAGUCAAGGUUGUGGCCAGGAAGGUGGAGCGGCCAGCAGUGUCCAGGGUGGAGGAGGGUGGCCGGCGCUCGUCCAAGGAUAGUGAUAAGUCCUCCGCCAAGUCCAACAGUAGUUCCUCUAGUCCAGGGAGCAGCGGCAGGCACAAGUCCAUAUCCCCGCCCCUCUCCAGACCUGACCAGAGGCACCACCACCACCACAACCAUCACAGUCACCACUCAGAGACUCACAGCAACUUGGGACAGAGGCACCGAAGCUUGGACGGCUUCAACAACAACAUCACCACCAACAACAACAAUAUGGUCGGCCCCGUGGCGCACUCUGGCGGGGUGACGGUAACCUUAGCAGCAGCAGGUGGUGGUGGUGGAGGUACAAGCUCAGGUGAGAAGCGUGGGCCGUUCACUCGCUCUGUGUCCCUCACCUUCCCUGCUGCUAGUGAGGGCUCACCACCCACCACCAAGGUUGUCACUAGCUAUAACAGACAAACAGCGGCUCAGAAGACAAGUCCUAAUAAACGAUCCCCUUCCACUGUGUCUCCUGUGAACAGCGGACAUAGAGGAGGAGGAGGAGGAGGCUUAGGCAACAUCACCAACAACAUCACCUCCGCCACAGGCAUUGGGGUGGUAAGUGGUGGUGGUGGGUACAGUCGCUCACCCACCAAGUACUCAUCCACCACUUCUGCCAAUGGCUACACUAGUAAGGCCUCUCAUCCGCUCUUUGCCACCUACUCCCAACAUGCCACCAUCUCCUCCACAGCCUACAGGGAGCUGCGGCAAGGUGUGAAGUGAGGGACUGAGGUGUGAGGCUGGUUCUUAUCCUCCUCUUUCUCGCCUUUAUCCAGCCUCUUCAUCCUCUCCUUUCUCUUUGCAUUUUUUGUUCAAUUGGUUUUCCUUAUGGUUCUGUUUCUCCUCUUAAUCCAGCCUCCUAUCUUUAUCCUUUUCUUUUCAUGUUGUGUCAUUUGUUUUCUUUUUUUAUAGUUGUUAUUUUCGUCAUUUACAACAUUUAGCCUUCUAUUCCUUAUCUCCUCCCAUUUGUUUUUGUUUUUUCUCCUUAUCCAGCCUCCUCCUCCUCUUCUUCUCUUGGUGUCUUUUGUUCUGUUGCCUUUCUUUAUAGUUUGUUUUUUCCUUCCUUCUUAUUCUUUUCAUCAUCAUUUAGUCUUCUCUUCCUUAUCUCCUCUCAUUUGUAUGGUUCUGUUGCUCCUUUUUAUUCAGCUUCCUCUUUCUUAUCCUCAUAUUUUCUUAUUGUGUCAUUUUUUCUUGUCUUUAUCAUUUGUUUUCUCCUUUCUUUUUAUUGUUGUUCUCUUCAGCACAAUGCAGUCUUCUCUUCCUUCAUCUCCUCUCUUUUCUAUCAUGUCACUUGUUCAUUUUCUUUAUGGUUCCUUUUCUUCUUUCUCCUUUAUGUCCAUUCUUCUAGUAUUUUUUUAUUGUCUUUAAUUUUCCUUACCUUUCUUUUCUCCAUCCAAUUCAUUAUCUACUUUUCCUUCUCAUUCCCUCCUUCAAUUUCUUUUCCUGUUGUGUACAUUCCUAAAAAAAGGGCAUUUGUUUGCCAUACAACCCCACGUAGUGUGAUCUUGAUACACACACCCACACACCCACAUAUGCACAAUUAUUUCUAAGGCUGCACUUGUAGAACAUUAACUACUAGUGUAAGAACCAUUUGUACCACUAGUUCUGUACUUUUCAUCAACUACUACUACUUCUACUUUAUAUACUCAUCUACUCAAGGAGCAUAAAUGUAUGACUUCAAAAUACAUAUUGCAUUAUUCAGGCUUCCUCACUCCAGUGCAUCCACUAUUUCAUCCCAUAUCCACUUCUCCCCUUCCCUUGCAUCUCUCAAAGGAGGGUGACUAAGGCAGUGUGAUGUUGCUUCUCCUCUGUCCAUUUACUUCAUCCUCACACACUGCAUCCGUCCCAUUCCCCUGCCCACCCUUCAUAGCCUUCAAUUAUUCCUAUUACUUUGUCUCUCCUGUUCACCUCAGUCACAUUACAUACAUACAUAGCUCAGUGCAUUAUCUUUAGUAGUUGCAGCAGCUUAAUGAUAAUGGUUAUGUCUAUACAUAUUUGUACAUACAUACCUCUACAUAGUCAAGUUUUGUAAGAAGAGAGCUGAAAUUUAUUAUCUUAUCCUCCUUGUACAAUGUUCUCAGUUCCCUAAUAGUGAGAAGAAAAAGAAGAAAGGCAAAAAAAAGCAUCAGUAAGGGUUUUCUGUGCCAUAGAAGACAUUCAUCCACAUUAGUGAUAUAAUUUAUUCCUCAGCUAGUCCAGUCGUCAGCACCAGUAUAGCAUUCCUUUGUAUGGUGGUUUAUGUUUGCAUUUAUUGAGGGUCAAGUGAUUUUUUUUCUCCUGAAAUAAGCCAUAACUCAUCCAUGCAUCCUGAACAUACAUAGAUAGUCAGUGAGGUGGAGUGAGUAGUGUCAUAUAUCCUGUCAAGGUUCAAUAUCAGGGCUUAGUUUUAAACGCAGCCGAGUGGGUGUGUUUGCGCUGUGACUGCCUUACACAACAGCAUAUAUUUUUCUAAAUGUCCGCCAUUGCCUGCAGAAAAAAGCAACAGCAGUUUGUACACGACAUUUCACCCAGUUUUCCUGUCAGGAAAAUAUUAACUGGAAGAAAAAAAGAGCCAAAGUAUGAAAAUGAAAUAAUCAAAAUGGCAAAGGUUUUAUCAGUUUUUAUUUUGGUAUUGUUUGAGUUUUUGGAUCUUGGCUCAAACUGCCAGAGAUUUUCUUUGAUGUGAGCUCUAAUUAGAAGUGAAUAAACCUUAGACCUACACCCACAGGGAUGGUGGCCUUCACUUGUAGUAUGUUACAGUGCAAGGGUGUAAUGGCUGCAUUUUUAUGUACUUGGUUCAGAAUUCCACGCUUGAGUUGUUUACAGAUAGGUCUUCUUGAUACAUUUGUUUCUAAAAAUGUUGGUGGCUAAGAGAAGAGAAAACAGGUUAAUUGAAGCAUUUUUGUGGCUGUACAUCUUUUGGGGAGGGUAGGAGGCAAUCCCUUUGAAGAUGGAGGAAGAGAAGCACUCAGGGUGGCCAGUUCUCUCUCCUCACUUUCAAGACCGUACAUCUUUUAGGGGAGGAAAUGAAGUGACUCCCUUAAAGAUGGAUGUAGAGAAGUACUGAGGAUGACUAAUGAUAUGUAUUACUUCCAUACCUGUAUCUUUUUUUGGGUAGGAAUGAGUACUCCCUUUAAGAUAGACACAGAAAAGAACUUUGGAAGAGCAAUGUUCUCUCCCUCUAGGACACCAGAAUGCAUGUGAAGUGUGUUUGCCUCUGUGCCUCCCCUCAGUACCUCUAAUGAUUUGGUGAACAACUCACUCCAAUUUGGUAAAUAACUCGCUGUCAGGAGCUGCCACGUUUAGGCUGUCUGACCUCUUGUAGUCUCCUUAUAUAUAAUAUGGAGCUCCCCUCAGCCCCACAGGUCCUUUACUACUCCCAAGGCACAUGACAAUCAUUUGCAUUAAGCACAGGCUGACACUUUAUAGCCUUCCUAGCUACACAAUGGCUGAGAUGAGAGCUGUGUGGCAUUGUUUGUACAUGUAUAAAAGAUAAUGCUAGUUUUUCCUUCAGUGGAAUACUCACCAAAUUCAUUUAAUGGCCAACAGUUGAUUUAGUCUUUUAGUCACUUAGUGCCUUAGAUGAGAGUUUGUGGUAUAAUUUUAUCUUUUCUCUGCAUAUAUCCAAGACAUAACAAGACUGAUUUCUAUCAGCUGCUCUUGGCAAAAUCUGUUCUGUGUAUUGUCAGCAUGUAAGUUCCUUAGACCAGCCCUUUUUAGAUAGUGGUAAAUUUUGAUUUGUGCGUCUUCUUAUGGCAGCCUCAUAGUGUCUCUUUGUCUGAGAGGCCCACAACUCACAACUGUAGGGGAACACAGAGGCAAGCACAUCAGUCUUUCUGUGCACUAUUUUGUUUUGUCUGUGCCACACUCACACUUGCAAGAUGUUUGACUGUCAUUACUUCUGAAGAAGCCAUAUUACAUUAUAUAUCAUUAGCAAGGCAUUGACAUAAGAGCAAUCAGUAGUGUCUGUUGGUAGACUUGUACAAACAUUAGUUGUCAAGUCAACAAUGUUAACUUUAGUCAUAAACGAAGUGCAUUUAUCCAUAACUUACACAAUGUAUCAUACCUAAACCCUCCAGUCUGGCAUGUUACACUGACUGAGAUGUUGAGGAAAUGUCAGACACGUGGACUGUGCAAAGACAGGUGUGUAGCACAGUGAGAGGCGGUGAUACAAGGAUGCCAUGCAGUACACAUGUGCCUUGCCGUCUGAGCCUUAACUAUAGUCACCACCACCCAGCUAGGCCCUCCGUGACCCUCUACCCAAAGUUGUGAGGGUCACUAAUCUUUAUCAACUUUAGCUCUAAUCCCUCUUCACAUUCACUGAUCACCUCUUGUAUAAUUUAUGUGAGAGUAUUUCAUGGGUUUAUUUUAACUAAUAUGGACACCAAAAAAUAACCUCAACCAAUUAAUGACCACUCUCGGGAAAGGGUUGGGGUUAGGGGCUAGCUGGCUGGUGGUAACUACAACAGGUCCCUCCAUGUUGUCCCUCCAGCUGUGUCCAGGCACCCACUCUGCUGGCUGUUGGGUGACCGACCUCCCUCUCCAAGUCAGAAGACUGCCACUACAUCCCUGUACUUAAAUAUAUGUACAAAUGAUAAAGGAGGGGGUGGAAUGAUGGAAAUGUCAGAAAUAUACACUGUCAGCCAUGUUCCUUGUCAUUUUGUCAGCUGCAGUGGGUCAUAAAGUUGUGUAAUGUUUCAGUCCACCUGUUACUUUGUAGAUGUAUGUGAAGAAAAAGGAGGUCAGGGAUAUACUGAUUAGAUAUUUCUUUAAGAUGAUGUUCUGUAACUAUGCCACUCUUAGCUGGAAAGUCCAUGAGUCCCAUGUAUUGCAAGAGAAGGUUUUGUUCCCUGCCCCCAUGAAGGAGUGUGGGCAGCCAGGCCUACUUGGCAAGGGAAAACUCUGGUUCUCAAGGCAGUUUUCAUAGGCUUGUUAUUAGCCUCAAAAAUAUUAAAAAAAGCAUAAACUUUACAGUUUUCUAACUUUGCAGAAGCUUCUUUUUCAUUCCAAAGUAGAUAAUAUAUGAAUUCAUUCUUAAUUAACAUGAACAUUUUAAUGGUGGAAAAUUAUAAAGAAAUCAGUUUAUUAUUUUCCCUCUUUUCAUAAGUAAUGCAUGGACAGCAAACUUUAUAAGCAGUGAUUUUUUUUUCCUGUGUCAAGUUAAAAUAGAUACAGUGGAGACUCGAUACUCGAACUUAAUUUGUUCCAAAUGGCUGUUCGAGUAUCAAAAAGUUUGACUUCCAAUACCUAUAAAUCAGGUAAUUCGUUCUAACCUUAGCAAAACCUUAAGUUUACAAAAAUUUCAAUGUAAUUUAUUUUUUAAUUUUGAUAUGUACUUACCGUAAGUAAAGGCUGGUGAUGGAUAACGUAGAAGAGGAGAGGAGGAGGAGGGAGGUUAUUCGUCGGAGGACAAGUCACCGUCUGGUAACUCGUCUCCUGGUGUGAUUCCUGUGAACCCACUAGUGGAGGGCUGUGGCUCACUAACACUUGCACUCUCGCUAGAUUCCUUUUUCAACAAGAAUCUGUCUAAUGUGAUCUGCCUUUGGCUUUUUUUCCAAAUGUCUCUGAAAUGCUGCAUCAAAUUUUCAUCAAACUGGUUUAUGUUUCUGUGUACGGCAGCAAUAUCAGGGUGGCACCUCUCCAAAAAGUUUCCCAACUCUGUCCACUGCUGCAAACAUUUCUUGAUCUCUGCAGUGGAGACUCUUUCCUUGCUGUUCCCCUCCUCCUCCCCUGAAGACAGCUCCUCAGUUACCUCCUGCAGCUGUUCCUGGUGAAGUUGACGCAGCUCGUCAGUGGUGAGGUCUUCAGAGUGUGCUUGCACCAGCUCCUCCACAUCAUCACUGUCCACCUCAAUGCCUAUGGCCCUCCCCAGAGACACAAUGUCCUCCACCACAGCAGACUCCUGGACUGAAGGCUCAAAAUCCUUGGCAGUCACACAGAUCGGCCACAGAUUUUUUCCAGGCAGACUGCAAGGACCUCACAGAAACUUGACCCCAGGCUUUAUCUAUAAGCCUUAGGCAGUGGAGGAUAUGGAAGUGAUUCUUCCGAAACUUACUGUGCGCGAGAGGGUUAAGUUGCUUUUUCACACCCAUCGCCACAUCAGCUCCCUUAAUGGCCUCCUUGUUCUUCAGUAUGGUGGCUACUGUAGAUUUCGCCAUACCAUACUCAGCUGCAAGAUCGGUGAUUCUUGCUCCUUUCUCGUAUUUAUCAAUAAUCUCCUUUUUCCGUUCAAUGGUCGUCACUACAUUCUUCAUUUUAGGCUUAUUUUCACCACUAAUAAGCCUCUUUGGUGCCAUUGUAAGUUUCUAAAUGAAAAACCACAGACAGAACGCAGGAGAAUAUUGUUGUUCUCACGACCGCGGUGGGACAACUGGUGGUGGCCGGGAGGGAGAGGCCAGGAGCCUUUGUUUACAACCACGUGUGCGGACGUUCGAGUACCAGAUAUUUUUUCGAGUACCAAGUCGAACUUUUGCGUUCGAGCAUCGAAAAGUUUGACUUACAAGACGUUCGAGUAUUGAGUCUUCACUGUAUUUGUGUUUCAACGUUUAUAUAUACAUUCUAUGUAGAGAUACAUGCUAGGCAAUAAUGAAAAGAAAAAAAUGUAUAUAUGUACUUGACAAGUCAGUGCCUGGCAUGAGACAGGCAAAUAGCACUGUUGUGAACCAUCCUCCUUGUCCCUCAAUGUUGAUUAAUUACGACAAACAAUAAUUAAAGAACAAGGCGAGAUGGAAGAACAGAAAAAAAGUGCAGAUAAAAAUAAAGUUAAAGCUAAAUUUACACAAAGGAAAGAGUUGGCAGUGUCUUGAAUUAUGGAAGGCAUUUUUUCUUACAUGCAUUUUACCUACAAUUUGCUUUUUAGAAGGACUUUGGAUGGUUCUCAUGAUUUUUUGGUGCAUGACAGAAGGUCUUUCAUGUAGCUCUUAAGGCCCUGCUUCUUGGGUUGGGUUGGGAGGGGAGGAAGAAAAGAAGGGUAGAUAGGUAUGUAGGUGGGUGUGCCAUACAACACAUAAAUGGCUGAGUUUUGCACUUAAGCUGUGAUAUUAUAUGAUUUUUUAUUAUUAAUGUUACUGCUUGUUUUACUCAUUUUCUUUUAUUUAUUGAUUUACUCUACUUUCUAUUUGCCAACUUUUUUUUGGUUGUUUUUUGUUUUACUUUUUUAUCCUUUUCUGCUUCUUUCUUGCAUGCCACUGUGUCUGGACAGGAAGAGGCAUUAUUAUUAUUAUUAUUAUUAUUAUUAUUAUUGUUGAUAUUUUCUCACCUGCAGCAUCAGUAGAGAGUAUUGAAGCUCUGUACUGUUUCAUUAGCCUUUAAUUUGACUGUUUGUGCAAUGGUACUGAUCUCAACUAAGCUGCUUUUUUUUAUUAUCUUGGCCCUGUAUGUCUGUGUGGUCAUGUAAUAUAUUGAUAUCAUUCUUUGCUGUAUAAAUAAAGUAAGCCUUGACCCCAUUACUAUUACUACUACUACUAUUACAAUUAUUAUUAUUAUUAUUAUUAUUAUUAUUAUUAUUAUUAUUAUUAUUAUUAUUGUUGCAUACAAUGUUCACUCACAUGUCGAUCGUAUACCCAGUACGUAUUUAUUCCGAUCUCAACAGUUUCUCCUUGUGUGAUCUAAGACAUAUCCUAAAUAAACAUUAAACAUCCUA